AUGGCCCUCCACCGACUAGUUGCUCUCUUGGCUUUGGGACCGGCCAGUGUACUCGGCCUGGCCACUCCUUCGCAACAAGAGAGCUCUCUUGCUCGGCGAGCAGUUGACUGGAGCAAAUGGAAGCCCGGCGUUAACUUUCAAAUCAUCCUUCACCACCCGAUAAAGCAUGAUAGCACCGCCGACAUCGUACCUGCCAAUGCGGAUGUUUGGGAUAUAGAUAUGCAGCACGCCCUUGAAAAUGAUGGCAUGAUCCGUACUCUCAAGGCUGCGGGCAAGAUUGUGAUCUGCUACUUCAACGGUGGUGCCCUCCAGGACUGGGACUACGAUAUAGAAGCCUUCCCCGAAGCCGCCAUAGGAAAUACUAUGAGUGAAACGUAUAGCGAUGAGCAUUAUCUUGAUAUCAGACAUAAGGACGUCGUCGAUGCGAUGAAGAAGCGUCUCUCGAGGGCUGCGAGUAUCGGGUGUGACGGCGUUGACCCGGACAAUAUCGACGCCUGGGCUGAAACAGAUGGCGAGGACCCUACAGGUUUCAAUCUGAAGCCCAAAGACUAUGUGGACUACAUCAAGACCCUGGCAACCCAUGCGCACUCCCUCAAGACCAAGGAAGGCCGGCCUCUGAUGAUAGGCCAGAAGAACGCGCCCACCAUCGCGGCAGACCUCGCGUCCGUCGUCGACUUCGCCGUGCUCGAGACUUGCCUCGGCACCCGCACCUCCGACGAGGUCGAGCCCUUCUGCUCCGAUUUCCAACCCCUCGUCGCUGCCGGCCGUCCCGUCUUCCAGAUCGAGUACCCGCUUAGCGUCAAGAACAGCGUCAACAUUAGCGAGGACGACUACAAGUACUUCUGCGUCUCCAAGAACGGCAACGAGGGUUUCAGCGAGGUAAUCAAGCACGCUAGCGAGCAGGUCGACGGUUGGGGCCAGUUCUGCGGUUUGGGACGCCAAGGUGGACGCUUUGAGACUCCCACCAUCAACGAGGACGAGGACUAG